AUGCCUUGCAGUUCAGAACGCUCGCCGCGACCAGCGGAUGGAAUGAACAAGCCCUCAUCACCACCUUUCGACAAGCCCAAGUCUCUGUCCUGGUCCCAGCCUGCCACCGAAGCUUUUGAGACCCUCAAGAAGGCCUUCACCACCGCUCCCCUCCUCGUCCACCCUAACCCGGACCUGCCAUUCGUCGUAGAGGUGGACGCCUCCACCACCGGACUCAACCCGGCGGAGGUUAAUUACGACAUCGGGGACCGUGAACUCCUGGCUGUAAAGCUCGCCCUAGAAGAAUGGAGGCAUUGGUUGGAGGGAGCAAACCACCCUUUCCAAGUACUAACAGACCAUAAAAAUCUUGAAUAUCUGAAAGCUGCCAAACGACUCAACCCAUGCCAAGCCAGAUGGGCAAUGUUCUUUUCAAGAUUUAACUUCUCCAUUUCAUACCGCCCUGGUUCCAAGAACCUCAAAGCCGAUGCUCUUUCACGUCUCCACGCUCCCGAGGAAAAGAAUGACGACCCCGAAACCAUUCUACCUGAAUCUAUCUUCAUGAGUCCCAUUGAAUGGUCAGAAGAGACUUUACCCUCCUCCAAUGCCUCCUCACGCACUCCGCCGGGUUGCCCCCAGGGCUUGCGUUACAUCACCAGGACACGACGCACUCCACUCCUGCACUCCGUUCACUCAUCACUUGGCACUGGUAUAAUAUCCACCACUGCCGCUGAAUCGAGAUCAGCAGUCAGUUCAGUUUUGGACUGUGAGCUUGAUAACGACACGUACAUCUGCACUGGUGCUCAGUACCGCAUGUACUGCAACUUAAGAAUGCAUCAUUUCUCCUACCAGAGAUACCAAAACCAGAAUCAAUACCAGUGCAUGAGUAAUAACUGUAUCUGUGUUGGCAAUAAGGACACCUGUACAUGCUACAAAAAUACUUCAUCCUGCUUCUGUGAGAAUGUUCGCAAUAACCUCACUAUCCCUACAGCAGUUAGUCCAGUCUAUGACUGUGGGCGUUAUAACGACAUGUACAUCUGCACUGGUGCUCGGUACAACAUGUACUGCAACACAAGUGUGCAUGACUUCCAUUACAGUAAAAACCAUUACCACUGUUUUGAUGACUUUUAUUUUUUUUCAAAUAACUGUGUUGGUGAUAAGGACACCUGUACCUGCUCUAGUAGCACUUUGUCCUCCUGCUUCUGUACUAAUUACAACAAUAGCAUCACUAUCCCUGCAGCAGUUACUCCAGUCUAUGACUGUGGGCUUUAUAACGACACGUACAUCUGCACUGGUGCUCAGCAACGCAUGUACUGUAACACAAGAAUGCAUAGUUUCAACUACCAGAGAUAUAGAUACCUAGGCCAAUACCAGUACGAAUGCUGGGGUAAUAACUGUUACUGUGUUGGUGAUAAGGACACCUGUACAUGCUAUAGUAGCACUCUGUCCUCCUGUUUCUGUGAGACUUUAGGCAAUAACAUCUCUGUCCCUACAGCAGUUAGUCCAGUCACAGACCCUGACUGUGUGCUACAAAACAACAUGUACAUCUGCACUGGUGCUCAGUACCGCAUGUACUGCAACACACAAAUGCAUGAUUUUUCCUACGAAAAUUAUCAGUUCCAGCACCAGUACCAGUGUGUGAACAAUAACUGUGACUGUGUUGGUAAUAAGGACACCUGUACAUGCUCUAGUAGCACUUUGUCCUCCUGCUUCUGUGAGACUUACGGCAAUACCAUUGCUCUCACAACAGCAGUUACUCCAGUCUAUGACUGUGUGCUUUAUAACGACACAUACAUCUGCACUGGUGCUCAGUACAGCAUGUACUGCAACACAAGAACGCAUUAUUUCUUCUACCAGAGAUAUAGAUACCUCGACCAAAACCAGUACCAAUGCUGGAGUGAUAACUGUAACUGCAUUGGUAAUAAGGACACCUGUACGUGCUACUAUAAUAUGUCAUCCUCCUGCUUCUGUACAAAUUACAACAAUAGCAUCAUUAUCCCUGCAGCAGUGAGUCCAGUCUAUGACUGUGGGCUUUAUAACGGCACGUACAUCUGCACUGGUGCUCAGUAUCGCAUGUUCUGCAACACAAGUGUGCAUGAUUUCCAUUACGAUACAUACCAUAGCCACUGUUUUAGUGAUAACUGUUACUGCAUUGGUUAUAAGGACACCUGUACAUGCUACAGUAGCACCUUGUCCUCCUGCUUCUGUGAGACUUACGGUAAUAUUGUUGCUCUCAAUAGAGCAGUUGCUCCAGCUUAUGGCUGUGUGCUUUAUAACGACACGUACAUCUGCACUGGUGCUCAAUACCACAUGUACUGCAACACAAGAAUUAAUUAUUUCUACUACUGGAAAAAUCAGUACCAAGACCAAUACCUGUGCAUGAGUUAUGACUGCUUCUGUUUUGGCCAUAAGGACACCUGUACAUGCUACAGUAGCACUUUGUCUUCUUGCUUCUGUGAGACGUACAACAAUAGCGUCACUAUCCCUACAGCAGUUAGUCCAUUGAGACUCUCUCAAUGUGUGCUUUUUAAUGACAUGUACAUCUGCUUUGGUGCUCAGUAUCACAUGUACUGCAACACAAGUGUGCAUGAUUUUUACUACCUUUAUCAGAAUCCAAACCAAUACCAGUAUGGAUACCAAUGCUGGGGUGAUAACUGUGCAUGCAUGGGUAAUUAUGACACCUGUACAUGCUACAGUCGUAACAACUCCUCCUGCUUCUGCGAAGAUAAUAUCUCCAGCUCAAGUCUGGAUAACAUGCUGGAUCAGUGCAGGAGUCAGACAUGUUUUCAAAAUCUUCUUGACAUUAUAGAGAUCAUUACAAAUCAAGAGCUUCCUUUGAAUACUGUGACCGAAUUUCUGACUAUGGCCAUCAACACUUCAGAGAACAUUUUAGAGUCAUCCUCAUCAGUCAGCCCAGCUGAACUAGCCUCCUAUGGAAACCGUGUGUUAAAGGCUAGUGAGAAACUCAUAUCUACGUUGGUGAAGCCAACAGACACGAGUGCCAAUGUCAGUUUUACUCUUCCUACCGUAGAGGGACAAGUCUUCAUGGUUGGACCGCAUGUCACCUUAGAUAAAAUCCCUCGACUUGACACGACAAGUUCUUCUGUGGACAUCGAUCUCAUUGGGAUCGCCAAGAACAAUAAAGGAUCAGCUGCUGUGGCUUUCUUGAGUUAUAACACAAUGGAGAAUCUACUGAAGCCCGACUUCUUCAACACAUCAAAUGAUACGGUUAAAACCAUGAUGUCCACUGUGAUCUCAGUUACUCUUCCCAAAACCACCAACACUAAACUCACCAAACCAGUCAACUUCACUCUCAAACACAUCAGAGACUCCAACCCCAGCGGUUCUCUGUCCUGUGUGUACUGGAACACCAGCGAGUGGAUUGUAGAUGGUUGUGCUGUUUUAGAGACCAACAGCAGCUACACUGUGUGUUCCUGUGUUCAUCUGUCGACAUUCACUCUUGUGCAAACCAGCAGUUCAUCACAGAGCAAUCCACCGCUGGACCUGUUGACUUGGGUGUCUGUGAUCUUGGGGCUGCUGUUCUUGAGUGUGGGCCUGUUGAUCUUUGCCCUUUGUCGGUGGACCCGCAUGUCUGAUUGGAUAUGUGGUCACUCUCGUUGUGUCCGGCUGGUUCCUGAAGGCUAUGUCAGGGAACUGUCUGGCAGCAGUACAAGAAGUGCUUCAGAUGUCUUUGAUGUGGACUCAAAGCCAUCAACAUCGAAAGUGUCCCAAGAAAAACACUGCAACAUCAUGUUAUCCCUAGAACACGUGAACCAAAAUACCAACACGAGUGCAUAAAGGAUGAGGGUCAAACAUUUUGAAUGAAUGGUUCUUAAAAGAAGAGCACUAUUAAUGAUAGAUAAAUAAUCAAGAAUGAAUGCAAUCUGAAUGUUCUACACCCACCACCAUUUUAACAUUAUCAUGCGAGAUAUUUAUUAUUCCAUAUGGAUAGUAUAAUAUCUAUUGGAUGUGAACUUCAUAAUCUUGGCAGAAGCUGUAGGUUAUCCGGGUACUUUUGUUUUUUGUCUAAUGUUAUAUGAAUACUGUGAAUUCAGACAUGUUACUCAUUGCCCAUACUCCUUUUCACCUGCUUUAUUGUAGGGAGAUGUGUGUAUUCAAGCUACUUUUGGGCUCAAAAAAGACACCACAGGUUUUUAAGUAAUCCAUAAAGACAAUAAAUAUUAUUAUUGACAAAAAUGUAUCCAAAAAUACUGUGAGGAGUCAAAAUUCCAUAGAAAAUGAAUACGGGUCAAUUUGACCCCUCUUUAUGAAGAAUUUCUUUUAAGAAUUCAUGGAAUAUCAAAUAUAUUUUUUAAUUGAUAGAAUAUAAUUAACAAAUCACUGCAUGGCAGGUUGAUUUGACCCCAUUUAUGCAUUCUAGGGUUCAGAAAUACUUUUGUUUUUGUAUGUUUAAUGUCAUAAGGCCAAUUCACCCUGCACUGACAGACAUGACCAAUGCAGACAGUCAACAGAUUUCAGUAUGUCACUGCUUAGAUGUUCCACGACCCAACAUAUGCCGAUUCAGCAGAUUCAGUUGGUGAAAAUAAGAGCUGACCAAUGCCAACAGGAAUUUCACACUGAUCCGACAAAACUCAACAAAGUGUCUGUUGCCAUCUGGUGGUUCAGUGUGAAUUGGCCUACAAAUACUACUGAUGUAAAUGAAAUAACUCAUUUAAGCACUCAAGAUUUUAUUUUUUUUUUUUUUGGUGGAGGGCAAAAGUAUGUUUACAGACUAAGUCUAAUUACUAGUUUUUUUUACUCUAGUUUUUGUUUACUUAAUAUAAAAGCUGAAUAUGGAAAAAAUGCGUGCAAAAUACAAAAACUAAAAAGUACUUCAUGUCUACAUGGUAAAUGGAAACAUUAAGUGACUUUACAUUGUAUAGUAUCAUAAAAGUACAUUUUUAAAUGAGGCAUGUAUAAGCUCAAAUACUGAAACUGUUAAACUAUAUUUGGAUUUAACUGUAACUGUUUUAACUGUUUAACAAUUAGAGUUUAACAAUUUUAUCAAGCUGAGAAAGCCAUUCAUUAGAUGAUCAUUUUUCUGGAAAAACAUGUUAUACGAGUGUCUUAUUUUAUAGCUGUUAAUUCUAAUGAUGUAAAGCUCAAACUAUUUUAUUUAGUCUUUUUUAAGCAUAUUUUACAGAUUCCUCUGAAUAAUCAAACUUAAAUAUUUUCAAGUAAAUGUUGGCAAAUAAAAAGUAAAAGCCUAAAAACUAUUUCAUGUGUGUGCGGUGAAGGGAAAUAAACUAUUUUACAUUGUAUAGAAUUAUAGUUGUUUAGUUGUAAAGUUACGAAUUUGUUAAUCUUGCAGAAUUAUAUUUUUGUUUGUCAAGCUCAAAGUUAUUUCUUCUGUAAGGAUUCAUUCAUAACAGUAUGUUACUUUAAAUAUUCAUAUGCAUUAUGCAAAAUAUGUCAUUUUUGUUACAAAAUAUCU